AUGGCUAAUCGAGGAGCAACAAGACCCAACGGGCCAAAUACUGGAAAUAAAAUAUGCCAGUUCAAACUAGUACUCCUGGGAGAGUCUGCUGUUGGCAAAUCAAGCCUAGUGCUUCGUUUUGUGAAGGGCCAAUUUCAUGAAUUUCAAGAGAGUACCAUUGGGGCUGCAUUUCUUACCCAAACUGUGUGUCUUGAUGACACAACAGUCAAGUUUGAAAUAUGGGAUACAGCUGGUCAAGAACGCUACCACAGCCUGGCGCCAAUGUACUACCGAGGAGCACAGGCAGCCAUAGUUGUGUACGACAUCACCAAUGAGGAGUCCUUUGCCAGAGCCAAAAACUGGGUUAAGGAGCUUCAGAGGCAAGCCAGUCCUAACAUCGUAAUAGCUUUAUCAGGAAACAAAGCUGACCUUGCAAAUAAAAGAGCUGUCGAUUUCCAGGAAGCACAGUCCUAUGCAGAUGACAACAGUUUAUUAUUCAUGGAGACAUCAGCUAAAACAUCAAUGAAUGUAAAUGAAAUAUUCAUGGCAAUAGCUAAAAAGUUGCCAAAGAAUGAACCACAGAAUCCAGGAGCAAAUUCUACUAGAGGAAGAGGAGUAGACCUUACUGAACCCACACAGCCAACCAGGAGUCCGUGCUGUAGUAACUAAACGUCCAGUCUGAACUAGCUGGAAUAUUCUUCUGCUUCCUAAAUGUUAGUAACAGUGGAAUUGGAGCAUUUAACCAGCCCAGUAUGACUUCCAAAAAGAAGAGACUUUAGAGUCAAGUUUCUAAUACAGAAUUAUUUUAAGUGUUUUGAACUUAAUUUUUAAUAACAUGCAUGUGACCCUCUGACUAACGUUUCAGGAGUAGGAAGGAAAUGAAGGUUUUGUGUACACUUGUUUUCUUGGAAAGUUAGGGGGCUCAUUUCUCAUCACGGGAUAUAGAUAAAUAACUCUGAACCCACAGUUAACCAGCCAUUUCUAUGAAGACAUCUAUGAAAAUAUUCUGAAUGUAUUAAUUUAGGGUUUUAAAUAAUAUAUGAGGUUCCAAAAGUAUUUAUGUUUAGCUACCAUAUUCUGGCAACUGGUAAUUUCUCAUACUAUCUAAAGUACACAUUCCACAUUUUAACCAAUUAGACACAAGGAAAUAGUUCCACAUCUUUGGGGGGGGAGGAGAUGAUCACUAAUGGCAACUAAAUUAUAACCAGCUCUUUAAUUUUCAGCUGGGGGUGAACAAUGAAAUACAACCUCAACUUGUUUUAGGAAUGUGAAACUGAUAAAUGCAUCUUAAUAGUGUUCCCUUUCAAACGUGAGUUCUCCAACAGAAAAUGAAACCAGAUGUCUAGGAUUCCUGUUUAAUCACUGCUGACCAUUAAAAUAUGGGUCUUGUUUGUUUGGGGCCAGGGAGAGGGGGCUUUUGCUCCCUUUGGACAUAAUAUAGUCAAUGCACUAACAAUUAUGUACAUUCAACCUUGAUUAUUUUAAAUUUGGUCUUCACCUGUACUGUAAAUAGGGUAUUGCAUUGUUGUCUUAUGUGUUUAUUUCUUUUCUGUAAUAUUUAAGAGUUGCUUAAAGUAUACAAAAUGUACAGUUACUAAAACUGCUAAUUUUCCUUUCCUCCUUUGUUCCUACACAGCUAAGACCAUAAUAAACUAUGUAUCUGUAAUUUGUAACAUAAAUAUUGAACAUGUUAGUAACAAUCUUGCAGCCUCGUUUUCCAAAGUUCAUUUUAUUUUGAUCAGUUCAGUAUAUUGCACUAAUCGUUUUAGGUAUUUUCAUUAUAUGAAAUCUACCAUGUGUCGGAGUUGAUUUAAUCUAUUUAAAUGUUGAACUGCUAGCAGAACUUGUACAUUUACAGUAAUUCAGAAUUAGUAAGGAAAACAGUUCACCAGUGUUUAGUUUUAUAUUGAGGUGCUCAGGUUGGAAUAAAGUGGUAUAAAAAGAAA